GCUUGAACUUGUCAAACUCCCACGCGCACCACGAGAUCGAUGCUGAUGGAGUCGCAGCGCUUGCCUUCGCAAAAGUGCCAGGUUUCCGAAUGCUGCCGCGAAUCCCGGACUUGGAAUCCCCUUUCAUCAGUUUGGGCUCCGCCCAUCGCAUGUUCCUGCGGCCGCCUUCACACCCCUCCGCGACAGCAUUGCGCAAUGCUCUCCAGAGGCUGGGCGUCUCAAGGCCGCUACAAGCCCUGCGGUGGCAGGAGGAGGACGCCUUGAUUAGCUGCUGCAUCCGGCGUAGGAAGGAAUUCUUCAUCGAGCCAGGCCGCGUUUUCACCUCGUUGCCACGUCUCGCGGGCGCGCGACUCCCAGGCGAUGUGCCGCGCACAGCAAACGGUGAGCUGCGAGCGCUCAGGCACGUGGGGCGGCUGCUCCUGAGCCGCUGCCCCUCCUCUUCCCUGGCACGUGAGGAGUGCGAAGGCUGGCUGCGGCUGCAGGUUCGGUACUCCUCGCACAUGGCAAUCCUCUCCACGCUGCUUUGCUUGGCUUCGCUCUUCCCGCGGGUACGUUUGGAAGUGGAGUUCGAGGAGGAAUCCCCACAGAGGCAGCAGGAGCAACUUGCGGAUGUCCAAGGUCUUAACUUUGUAGACCGCUUGGCAGAACGAAACAUGAGCAUCAUGAACACCGGAGCAUACGUGAUCCGAAUUCCCGGCUAUGUGUUUGAGGAGAAGCUGGCCAUUGCCAACCAGCACCCACGGGAGAACUGGGUGCAGAAGCUAGUGUGA